UUUAAAAUGACCAUUCAGCUUUUUGUUCUUUGUUUCUGCUUUCUUUAGCCCUCCUCUCCCUAUAAAACCAAACUUCUCUGUUCUACUCAUCAAUACACACAUUUUAUUUUAAGGGAUUAGAUGUUGUCAAAUUCUAGAAUUACAAAUAAAGCCAACAUAAACUUUACACUAAAUUUACUGUAAUUUUGUCUUUUGACAAAUCCUUAGAGCUGGUGUUGCUCAACAGGAAGCCAGGAACUGGCCACAAGAAAGCUGGUGGUGUGGGAAGAUGGAAACCGACUUCUCCAUCCCUCUGAAUGAAUCUGAGAAGAUGCUCCCUGCGCCUGAUGGCUACACCAUUCUGUGGAUCUUCUCAUUGCUAUUCCACGGAGUCAGUUUUGUCUUCGGGGUCCUGGGCAAUGGGUUUGUGCUCUGGGUGGCUGGAUUCCGGAUGAAACGCACAGUCAGCACCAUCUGUUACCUGAACCUGGCCCUUGCUGACUUCUGUUUCAGUGCCAUCCUACCAUUCCGCACGGUCUCAGUCGCCAUGGGAGAAAAGUGGCCUUUUGGCCGGUUCCUAUGUAAGUUAGUUCACGUCAUGGCAGACAUCAACCUUUAUGUCAGUGUCUACCUGAUCACUGUCAUUGCCCUGGACCGCUGUAUUUGUGUCCUGCAUCCAGUCUGGGCCAUGAACCACCGCACCAUGAGUCUGGCCAAGAGAGUGAUCAUGGGACUCUGGAUUGUUGCCAUAGUCUUUACCUUACCAAAUUUUAUCUUCUGGACUACAAGUACUGAGAAUGGGGACACAUACUGUAUCUUUAACAUGGCAUUCUGGCUUGACACUGUUGCAGAGAAUUUGAACGUGUUCAUUAACAUGGUCAAUGUCUAUGUGAUCCUCCACUUCAUUAUUGGCUUCAGCAUCCCCAUGUCCAUCAUCACAGUCUGCUAUGGGAUCAUCUGUGCGAAAAUUCACAAGAAGCGUAUGAUUAAAUCCAGCCGUCCCUUAUGGGUCCUCACUGCUGUGGUGGCUUCUUUCUUCAUCUGUUGGUUCCCUUCUGAAGUAAUUGGCAUUCUAAUGGCAGUCUGGCUCAAAGAGAUACUGUUCAAUGGCAAAUACAAAAUCAUUGUUGCCCUGGUUAACCCAGCAAGUUCCUUGGCCUUUUUUAACAGCUGCCUCAACCCAAUUCUCUACGUCUUCAUGGGUCGUAACGUCCAAGAAAGACUGAUUCGCUCCUUGCCCACUAUUUUGGAGAGGGCCCUGAGCGAGGGCCCUGACUUAGCCAAGAGUAGCAACAGAAACGCCAAUCCUGCUUCACCUCCUGAGGAGACAGAGUUACAAACAGUGUGAGGUUGGGGGUACUUUUGAGCUCUCUACCCUGCGUUUCUUCUACUCUCACACCACCACCACAAUCACCAACAUAAGAGAGGACUUCUGUAUCACAUGUGUAGGGGGUUUUCCCCACAACCAAGCAGUAGACACCAGCUGGGUGUCCUACAAUUGACAGUUGAGACACAAGUCACAAAUCCAGGCUUCUGAAAUUUCUGACCAACCAGCUUCAAUAUGGGGUUCCCACCAGCCCCUCUUCGGGGGUAGAGUGGCUCAUGGAACUCAGAGAAAUGAU